AUGGCAUUAUCGAAGUGAAUUUAGAGUGUUCUUCUGAUUACUACUACGCUUGGUUUGGUGCACUGACACUCUACCAAGGCUUCAUCAUGGCCUCAGCUCUUGUGCUUGCUUUAAUCACUAAAAACAUUCGCCACAAGAGUUUCAAAACAAAGUCUGUUACACUUCUAGUAUAUUCUUUAACCAUCACCCUUUCCCUUGGAUUCCCUCUUUACUUUAUUCUGAACACUACACGUGUGUCUGGAGUAAAUGUGGAGUAUGUGGUUCUUUCUCUGACCUACCUGGCUGUUGUUUGUCUCUGCUUUGUCUUCCUGUUCUUUCCUCCAGUCCUCUCUCUGUUGAGAGUAAAGCUAUUCCACAAGAUACCAGGACUCAAGAGAUAUUCUACGGAGGUUGCUACCAAAUCAUACCAACCUUCUUCCUUCAUGACAUAGAGAGAACAUUAACAAUUAAAUGUUUGGAACAUUUUGCAAUAAUACUGUGC